AACCGUGAGGUGGCAGCCAUCUUGCGUACGGCGGUGCAGUUACCCAGAUGCUGAGGGCUUGGAUUUUAGUUCCUCUGUGCUUUGGGGUGGUGUUUGCGUGUUCUUUCACCUUUUCAGAUGUUCGUGUCUUUGUAGACCACGAUUUUAUUGGGAGGUAAAGUCAAUGUAGUGUAAGAUGCCUUAUGGUGAAAUUGAAGCGAAAUCCUUGGAUCAUGGUGAAGAACUAACAGGUGAACCAUGCUAUAAAAAAUUGAAGUCAACUGAAGAGCCGUAUGUUUUUUCCCAUCAUGGUAGUGCUAAUUUUCACAGAAUCCAGGAGAAAACUGGGAAUGAUUGGGUCCCUGUGACCAUUGUUGAUGUCAGAGGACAUAGUUUUCCUCAGGAGGACAAAACCAAAAGUACAGACUCGGUGAAACCUGUGCAUGGUGAGAUGCCUGGUAAUAAUAGAUCAGAUGUAAUUGAAUCCAUUGAUCCACAAAUUUUACAGGGUGCAAGUCCUGCAUUGGUAUCCACAGAUGAUGAGAUAUAUAGCACAAGUAAAGCAUUUAUAGGACCCAUUUACAAACCCCCUGAGAAGAAGAAAUGUAAUGAAAGGGGAAAUCACUCAGAUGCGAUCAGUGGUAUAGAUGGCAAAGGAAGACGAGAACAGAAACAGAAAUUCAACUCCAAAAAAUCGGAGCUUGACAAUGAAUUAUUCCAGUUUUACAAGGAAAUUGAAGAGCUUGAAAAUGAAAAAGAUGAUUUGGAAGGCAGUUGUAAAGAACCCGAACCCUCUGAGGAAAAACUUACUACGUAUUAUCAGGACCAUAAUAAUGAGCUUUUAAAAUCGGAAGAAGGAAAAGAAAGAGAUAUUAGUAAUGUUCUUCAGUCACAUUGUGGUUACGAACAGCACAUGGAGAAUGAGCCAGGCAAAUAUCCUUGUAAUGGACAAGUAAUACCUGCAUUUUGUGAGGAUUCCUUAACUUCCUUCAGGCCUGAAUGGCAAUCAGUGCAUUCUUUUAUAGUACCCCAGUGUCCUCCUCCUCCCAGUUUUAAUUAUCAUUUAAAUAUGCAAAGAUUCAGUGCUCCACCAAAUCCACCAUCAAAUAUUUUCCAUGCUCCAGAUGGGUCUCAGCAUCAAAAUGGGUAUUAUGUAAAUAGUUGUCACAUAAACUGGAAUUGUUUGACUUUUGAUCAGAACAAUGACUAUAUUGACUGUAGUGAGAAUACCAGUAGAGAUCCUUCCUCUACAAAUGGCUACAGUGUGCAAGAUAGAUAUGUGAGUAAUGGUUUCUGUGAAACCAGGGAAGGAUGUUGGAAAGAUCCUUCUGUGGACAAACAUGGUGGAACAGACAGGCUUAUGAACCAGCAGUUUCAAGAGGAAAAAUUAAAUAAAUUGCAGAAGUUACUUAUUCUUUUAAGAGGUUUGCCUGGUUCUGGGAAAACAACGUUGUCUCGAAUUCUGCUUGGUCAGAGUCGUGAUGGCAUUGUGUUCAGCACUGAUGACUAUUUUCAUCAUCAAGAUGGGUACAGGUAUAAUGUUAAUCAACUUGGUGAUGCCCAUGACUGGAACCAGAACAGAGCAAAACAAGCUAUCAAUCAGGGGAAAUCUCCAGUUAUAAUAGACAACACUAAUACACAAGCUUGGGAAAUGAAACCCUAUGUGGAAAUGGCCAUAGGAAAAGGAUACAGAGUAGAGUUUCAUGAACCUGAAACUUGGUGGAAAUUUGAUCCUGAAGAAUUAGAAAAGAGGAAUAAACAUGGUGUAUCUCGAAAGAAGAUUGCUCAGAUGUUGGAUCGUUAUGAAUACGAAAUGUCCAUCUCUAUUGUAAUGAAUUCAGUGGAACCGCCACACAAAAGCACACAAAGACCUCCUCCUUCACAGGGGAGACAGAGGAUCAAAAGAUUAUCUUCAAUUAAGGCGAACUGUGAACUUCAGUGUGCUCAAUGGGAACGCUAUUGUUCUUUUAGAGAAAGAGAUUUGAAGAAAACUGGGCACAGGCUCAGCAAAACCAAACAGAAGAGAAGCAGGAAAAGAAAUAAAAAGCAGAACAGUCAUAGUAAAAUCAUGGGGGAAAACUCAUUUGAAACCUUAAGUUAUCAUACGCUAGGAGAUCAGGAUCCAUCUCAGAGUGAAGAGGAAGACUUGGAAGACACCAAAAGAGAAUUGGCGUGCACCUGCACUGGUGGACUGGGAAAUGAACAAGGAGAUUUCGUGAACAGCCACAGAGAUGAAGUAUGGAAAAGCAUAAAUCCUGAAGAUAGUUUUCCAAAUGUUGUAUCUGUAGUUGAGCUGGACAAUACACCAAAAAAUUACCUCCCUAAAGAGAAUGAUGAUUCGUUUCUAAAUAUGUCAUUGAUGCCAAAUGAAAACUCUGUUACUUGCCCAGUAAUGACUCAGAAUCUUUCCUGCGUAGCAAGUGAUGACUGCUCUGGCACGAAGGUAGGAAAGCAUCCUGGAAAUAGGCAUCCCACGGCAUUAGACAUCCAGGGCAGAUCCACUGACAUCCCUGGCUCAUUUAUGCAGAAGAGAGAGAAAGUACAUAAAAGACUCCAGAAUGAAACAAUUCUGUACCCUCAGUGUGGGUCCAGAACCUCAGAUAAAGGUUUAAGAAAGGAACAAGGAGUAAAUGCAACUAAAAACAAUUAUUGGGCUUUUUUUUCACACAAUCCAUCUGAUGAAGAAUUACAGCUGGGCUCUGAGAGACAAACCUGUUUGGGGAGCUGGCCUGAGGGACCUCAUAAGUUUAUAUAUGAACAAAGACCAAAGAAGGAUAGAUGGCAAAAGCUGGCCUCUCCAGACAGCCGGGGGCAAUUGAUUACAUUGAUCUCCACUUCUGAAGAAACUUCAGUACCAGGAAGCAGUCCAGAAACAUUGGUAGAGGAGAAGCUAGUGAUAGAAAAUGAAGAUUUGUCACCUUCAACUGAGAAUACAGAUUCAAUCAUAGCAACAGAAACAAGUAUCUUUAGAAGCUGCUUGCCUAAACUGGAUAUCCCUAAAAGUGACUUACACUCCGCAAAGAAUAAGAAAAGGAGAGAGAAAAGAAUUUUCAAUUUGGCACCAAACUUUAACUUACUGGCACAGAGCUAUAUCAAUGUAAAAGAAAGAGGGGGAUGUGGCUUGUUAACAGAAAGCCAUGGACUAAAAAUUAUUUUGGAAGAAGAAAAAGAUAGAAUUUCAGAAAUAAAUAAUAAAGAGGAGAAUACACAAAAACUUAUGACCUUUAAUCAUCAUCCAUCAUGGUUUUACUUUGAUAUUUUCAAAGACCCUCCUCUAAAUGUUGGUCGACCAUCUUAUUCUCAUUACCUGCCGUUUAACAGACACUCUGUAUAUUUUUACAAAAACCCUGUUCCUUCUCUUGUGCUACAAUAUACAUCUAGCUUUCGGAUGGUAUCUUUUACAAGCAAGAAAUCAUUUUUGACUUUCAAAUCUCAGACAAGAGUAGAUAACCAACUAAGUGACAUAGGAUUUAGUUCUUCAGAAAUUUCAAGUAGCCAGCCUGAUCCUUUGAACUCCGUUAGGGUCACUUCUGAUCUUCACUUUUUAAAUGAAAGUUUUGAUGAGAAGCUGAAGACAUGGGAAGAACCUAAGCCAUCACAGUUCUUGCAAACUGAGAAUAACCAAGAUUUAACGAGCAUUGGCUUUGAUUCCCUUGAGCUGCAAUUAUCACAAGGGUUUGCCUUUCAACUAGUAAAGCUUUUUGGAUCCCCUGGAGUUCCAAUGGAAUCUUUGUUGCCUGAUGACUGUGUGGUUUCUCUCGACUGGGGGACGCUGAAGAUGAUCUAUCUGCAAUGGAAGACAUCAGUAGAGUUGAAUUCUUCGGUCUUCCUGGUGCUGUUGAAGAUCCUACCCAUCAAGAAAGAGUGCUCAGUGCCCACCCAAAGGAUGAUUUUCAGCGCUAUACUCCUGGGAUACCAAAAUUGGUUUGGAUAAUCUGUCCAACCGUUCUUGAUUAGUUUUCUGAAUAAUAAAAAACUCAACAAAAGAGGUAA